UGAUCAUUGAAUCAUAUGUAACGACGCCGUCCGCGAAUGUGUUUCGCGGUCUUUGAACAUAGUUAAUUUUAACUAGGUUAUUACGCGUGGUGUUAUGGAUUUACCUGGGAACGGAACAUCGCGCGAUCUCGUUAAAUAUCCUCUAACGUUACCGCAGUUCUCCGAACUGCGUUCAAUGCCGACUGCCGCAGCCGCUGCGAUCGCCGCCAUCGCCGCGGCUGAUAGCCGUAGCAUGCAAUCGCAAGAGGUGCAAACCACUGUCCAAGCGGUCACGUCUCCGCAAGAGACUUCGACAAGUACACUCAGCAAAUACCUUGCGACACCUUUACCUGGCUGGCAGGAUACUUUGAUUCAAUUGUGCGAGAAGCAAGUGCUUAACCAGAUAAUUAAUGUCCCUAGUUAUAGUCAAAAUAACGUGACACUCGGUGCACAAUCAAGUAGUUUUAAUUUUAUUAAUAGUCUAUACUUACCUUCCACAUCGCAGGCAGAUACUGUAACUGUAAAGCAAGGGAUAGAUAUCCAGCCUAAAGAAGAAAAAAAUUCAGACAAGGAAUCUGAAAUUCUAUUAAAGCAACACCAAACAGCAGCAGCCAUGGCUGAAUAUUUACAGAAAUUACCAUCUGAAUUUUCUCUACGAGAAGCGUUUGAACUAUGUGCAGAACAAGUAAAAAAGGAGAAGACGCGGGAAGAGAAAGUAGAGCACGUGCAGAAUAAUAUUUUAAAUAUACCAAAUAUCAGAAACAUUUAUCUACAAAACGGCAACAAUUUCGCAAACUCGGAUCAAAUGACAGUGACUGUUAAUCCGAGUGAUCUGAAUCUGCAAAAUGAACAAGAAAUUGAAAAUAAUUUGCGAAAUGUUUUAAAAGUCGAGCAGCAAGUACAAACCGAUUUGCCAAAAAUCGAGAAAAAAUCGAAAUUUCGAGCAAAAAUCAGUGAGAUUAAAAUCAGCGUUAACUAUGACGGAACUACGCUUUACUGUUGCCCGGAGUGCAAUUUAGGGUUUCCGGACAAGGCUGACAUUGAACAACAUAUACAGGCUCAUCUUCAGGAACGAAAAUACCAAUGCAAAGAAUGUGGUGCCAUGUUGAAAAGAAAGGAGCAUCUUGAUCAGCACAUGCGAGGUCAUUCGAACGAGCGACCUUUUAAAUGUGAGAUAUGCCAGAAGGCAUUCAAGAGAAAUGAACACUUAACAAGACAUAGCGUAAUCCAUUCCGGAAAUAAGGAUUUUCCAUGCACCAUGUGCCAGAAAGCGUUUUCGCGCAAGGACCAUUUAAAUAAGCACUUUCAAACGCAUUUUGGCAUUCGUAAGAAUAAAAAGGAGGAUUCUUAUUAUACCGAUCAAAAAGAUACAAGAGUAUUCGAUAACAGUACCGAUAUUGCGGCAACGCCUAAGCAGGAGGUGAGUUAUAUUUUAAAGGACGGUUCCUUAAUAAAGCAGGAAACUGCUCUUUUGCAGCACCUUCAGACUAUUCAAAAAAAUCCGAAUUUAUUGUACACAUUCGCUACUCUUAAAGAACAAGUGAUGAAAGAUGUAAAUCUGUCUGAACAGGCUCAGAGCAGUAAUAUGAACGAAAAUGCAAGGUAUUUAAUGCCGUCUUAGUUGUAGGUAAAAUCCAUGUUCCAAAGCAAUAUAUGAUUGAUGAUGCUGAAGCCGUAGGUAAUUUCAAUUUUUGAAUUCAUAUUUUGUCAUUGAACUAUGACUAUUUCAGAUUUAUAGUUUAAUUUUAAUACGACGAGAAACGUUUUGACAUUGAAUUAAAAGCAUACAUAGUAAAAAAUGCGAAUCAUGAAAUAAAAAUAUCAUAUAGUCCAGCUCCUCUAUUCUAAAGUCAUCGGG